AAUCAGGUGACUCAGCGCAUCCGAAACCCACAAAUUUUUUGGGAACCAUCAAACGGACAAACUUCCGAAGAUAAUCUUUUUUCCCGUUUCCCAAUUCACAACCAACAUAUCCCCAGGUUACGAGCCAUUAACAAACGGUGGUAGACUUGCUUGCAGAGGAUUUAAGCCGUUCUGAAGAAGAAACGGAAAUCUCUACUCAUACAAACUUCUACAACUACGACUACAAACGGCAAUGAGCUUUAUACCCUCUACUCUCCCGCGAGCUGUGAGAGCAUUGCGGCCUGCGUCUGCUCCGGUCACGCAGUACCGAUGUAUGUACGCACCAACGCAGCGUGCAACACCGCUGCAACACGACACCAGCAGCAAGAGUAACCCUCAGUUCCAACAGCGACGGCCGUUCCACGCUUCCAACGCACGCCUCGCGACAAAGAACCCAUACACAGUCCUAGGCGUCGAAAAAUCCGCGUCCACGUCCGAAAUCAAGAAAGCGUACUACUCUGCGGCCAAAAAGUACCAUCCGGACUCAUCGAAGGAGCCAAACGCGCGCGAGAAGUUCCAAGAGGUGCAGUCAGCAUACGAGAUCCUCUCGGAUCCUGAAAAGAAGCAGCAAUUCGACCAGUUUGGUGAAGCCGGUUUUGAUCCUUCUGGUGGUCCGGGAGGAUUCCACCCGGGUGCUGGUGGACCGUUCAGUGGUUUCGGCGGUGCGGGCGGCGGGUUCUCGGGCUUUGGGGGCAGCCCGUUCGGUGCGGAUUUCUCUUUCGAAGAUCUAUUCAAUGCGGCCGCUGGCGGCGGCGGUGGAAGGAGGGGAAGAAGCCCGUUCGCCGAGAAUAUGGUGGGGCCUGAUAUCCGGGCUCAGGCCACCAUUAGCUUCAUGCAGGCGGCACAGGGCACGCGAUUAGACAUUAGGAUCAACCCACAGGUUCACUGCGGGACGUGUACUGGUAGCGGACUGAAGUCUGGCACGAAGACGAAGCAGUGUGGACGCUGUGGCGGAACAGGAACGCGAGUCCACUUCAUGCGUGGUGGAUUCCAAAUGGCUGCUACUUGUGACUCCUGCAGUGGCACUGGAAAAAUCAUCCCGCCCGGCAGCGAAUGCAAGACCUGCGACGGCAACGGAAUGGUUCACGAGACGCGCACGAUCAAUGUCGACAUUCCCGCCGGAGUGGAAGAGAGCAUGCAGCUCCAUGUUGCCGGUGAAGGUGAUGCUCCACCAGCUACCCCCGGUGUUUCUAGCGGUAAAACGAAACGCGGAGACCUCUACAUUCACUUAGUUAUCGAGCCGCAUCCGAAGUUUGCCAGGAAAGGCUCGGAUAUCCUUCACACCACCACGAUACCCCUCACCACUGCACUCCUUGGGGGUGUUAUCAAGAUCCCUACGCUGGAUGGAGACGUUGAUCUCAAGGUCCCUAACGGCACCAAUACGGGCGAUACUAUCACCAUGCCGGGGCGCGGAAUGAAGAAGUUCAGCCAGAGUCGUAGAGGCGGAUAUGGUGACUUGAAGAUAGAAUUCAAAGUCAACAUACCUAAAUCCCUCACCCCCUCGCAACGCACACUCCUCGAGCUGCUGGCCGAUGAAUUUAACGACAAGUCCGCCAAGCGCAUAAUGAACGUAAGCCAAUACGCCAACGAAGCCAAAGACAAGGGCGCCGCCUCGGAGUCCUCCUCCUCCUCCUCUUCCUCCUUCCAACAACAAGGAGACGAGAGCCACCACGGCCUGCUAAAGCGUAUCUGGGACAAGCUCACCCAUCACGAUAACAACCAGGGUGGAGACGGCAGGUCCAACUGAGUACGGUAUAUUGACGAAUUGAGGACGGCAUGGAGUUUUUGUCAUUUGUGGCGACAGCGGCGACGGCGGCGGGUCUUUCCUUAACCGAUUAUGUAUGGGGGGCAGUUUUCUGUUUGAGAGUCCUUCAUGUCUCUCUUCCUUUUAGUUGUAUAUUAUCUUCACUUCACUUUCACUUUACAUUUCUCACCACUCUAGAUCUGGGCUGGAAGGGGUAGGUAGGUAGGCGGAGACGGCUGCGGGUACGAUUUGUAAAUACA